CGGCAUGCACACUGCUUUCCUAUUAACCUCAAAGGAAAAGCAAAGAACUCAAAGCGAACUGCAGCGGAAAACAAGCGGAUUUUAAGGAAUAUCAGAGCUCUGCAACGUCUGCAGACCUUUUGGGAGGACGGGCGGCGCGAAUGGGACGCCAUGCCAGCGAAGCGGAUGACGGCCACCACAGCAACAGCUUCGUCCAUCAGUGGAGCCAGUGGGUCCACAACGAAUAGCAAUGGUCCGUCGGGGGGCGGGACACGUCCCCUGGAGACGCUCAAUGGGAUGACCAGGCUGACCCCCGCCCGCGACUUGACCCUCGGUGGGCGUGGCGCUGGGGCAGCCAGCAAAAAGGUCUUUGCCCCCAAUUUGAAUGCAGUGCGGAACAAAAAUUCCAAUGUCAAGACCUCCAAGGACACCACACAACCGAGAAGCGGACGCAGGGGUGGGCGUGGCAACGGCACAGGAGCAACACGUGGUCGUGGUGGAAAUUCCGCUGGCGGGGCCAAUUCCACGCUAAUCCAGACCCAGGGUCUUUUCUCCGAAGGAGCGGGCGAUGUCCACGUGCGGAGGUCCACGGGCAAUGGAACGGCAUAUGCCCGGGGUGGUGAGGAGGUGGCCGUGGCCAGGAAACGAGUAGAUCGCAAGGACGACAAGAGCCAGUCAGAACGGAUCAAGGAACUCCUGGGAGAAUCAGAAGCCAGUGAUGCCGAGCUCAGCGAGGAUGAGCCCACCAAGACUGAGAUGGCCCUCAGGCCCAUCCUGCUGAAAGAGGGACUUUGGGUCACCCAGAAGACACCGAUAGUUAAGCAGGAGGAUGCCAGUUCAUCCUCAACACAGAAAGACACCUUGGCAGUAGCGCAGCAUCUGCAGCAGUUGCACGUGGCCGCCCAGGUUGCCAGCCUAGAGGAACCACCGCUGCAGUACGGUCGCUAUCCGCGCACCAUAGGAAACUUUCUGGACUCCAGCCAAUCGCAAAUCUUUCUCAUGCAGCUCCCUGAUGUGUUGCCAUGUGUUGGCGAUGAUUCCGAGGAGCCAGAACCAGCUAAGCCUGAUCCUCUAGCUACAAGUGAAUCGGAACCCUCAAGUCCUGCAGCCAAAUCCUCCACCGCAGCCAAGGGAAGUGUGUUGCGGCAACUGGAAGAGGGGCAGAUCGGCAAGAUUCUAAGGUUCAAGUCGGGCCGCGUCAAGCUGCAGCUGGGAGAUACCCGCUUCGACUUGGAUAUGGGUCUCGAUCCUGGUUUCCUGCAGGAGCUCAUGUCGGUAACGGCGAACCGCGAGCAGCGUAGCGGAAACAUGAUAAAUUUGGGACCCAUCCAAGCCAAACUCAAGGCCACUCCAGAUUGGGUGCACCUUUUCGAGCAGCAGGAGGCGGCAGCCAAACGGACGAAUCCGGUACCGGGCACGUAGCACAACUUGCAUCCACUCCCCCAUACUAGACAUGUAAUAUUGUAAAUAGGCUGCGCCUAACUCUAAGUUAUUCCUACUCUAGUUGCCGUACAUAAAAUUUAAAUAUAGAAUUUGUAAUACGAUAAA